GGCCCGGGGCGGGGGCGCUGAGGCGGGGCCGGGGGCUGAGGCGGCGGCGCUGCCCGGCCCGGCCCGGCCCGGCCCGGCCCGGCCCUGUGGGGAAGGCGCCUGGUUGAUGCUCGUUCUGGCGUGCUCGCCCGGUGUUGGAGCGGGCAGGGCACUGCCCCCGUCCCUCGACGCCUCCGCCUUUGUGUAGCUCCUCGGCUGUGGCCGCUCCGUGCCUUUCUCUUCUCUCCUUCCUCUCCUUUUCUUCCUUUUCGUUUUCCUUCGAAGCCGCCGCCUUGGCGUGGGGGCUCUCCCCGGGUUUCACCUCAGGGGCAGCGUAUAGGAGGCCGUGACAUAAUUGCCCUGCUAGAGCAGUCAAGGCUCUGUCACAUCCCCAGAGUGUGAUGUUCAGGGUCAGAAAUGCCUUAUGUGGAUCGUCAGAAUCGCAUUUGUGGUUUCCUAGAUAUUGAAGAAAAUGAGAAUAGUGGAAAAUUUCUGCGGCGGUACUUCAUUCUGGACACACGAGAAGACAGUCUGGUGUGGUACAUGGAUAACCCACAGAAUCUUCCUUCUGGAUCUCCACCUGUUGGAGUCAUUAAACUUACCUAUAUUUCAAAGGUUAGCGAUGCAACUAAGCUAAGGCCAAAGGCAGAAUUCUGUUUUGUUAUGAAUGCAGGGAUGAGAAAAUACUUUCUACAAGCCAAUGAUCAGCAGGACCUAGUUGAAUGGGUAAAUGUUCUGAACAAAGCUACCAAAAUCACAGUACCAAAGCAGUCCGAUCCUCUGUGUCAAAUGGAUAAUGCAAAUCGUCAAGCUGAAAGCCCAGGUGGAAAGAAGCAAGUCUCUUACAGGACAGAAAUUGUGGGCGGUGUUCCUAUCAUUACACCUACCCAGAAAGAAGAAACUAGUGAGUGCGGUGAAGGGGGUGAUAGGAAUUAUUUGAAACGAUCACAAAGUCAUCUUCCUUAUUUUACUGCUAAGCAUCCCCCAGAUAGCGCUAUUAUCAAAGCUGGCUACUGUGUAAAACAAGGAGCAGUGAUGAAGAACUGGAAGAGAAGAUACUUUCAGUUAGAUGAAAACACAAUAGGAUAUUUCAAGUCUGAACUGGAAAAGGAACCUCUCAGGGUUAUACCACUUAAGGAGGUCCAUAAAGUUCAGGAAUGCAAACAAAGUGAUAUAAUGAUGAGAGACAAUCUCUUUGAAAUUGUAACAACCUCUCGAACAUUUUAUGUACAGGCGGACAGUCCAGAAGACAUGCACAGUUGGAUAAAAGCAAUAUCUGGGGCCAUUGUAGCACAGCGGGGACCUGGAAGAUCAGCAGCUUCCGUUACUCUAAUCUUAGCUUUGCACUGUGUUCCAGAUGCGGCAGGCCAGAAGGCUGUCGAAUCCUUGUAUACAGAGGAGCAUACCGAGUCUCCUUCCGAACCCAACCAUGCUCUCCGUUCUGCCACCCCAGCCCCAGCCACCUCACAUUCCACCGCCACUCACAGCAGCCCUCUGGUCCCAAACCCUCACGCCAAAUACCCUGCCUUGGAGAAGCGAGGAUUUCACGAAUCUUUUACCAAGGCCAAGCCAGGGAGCUGCAAGAUCCAGGUUGUCGCUCCAAGAGAAUCAGCUUCCAAAGUGACUGAACGGGGCCUCUCGGAACCUCAAAGUAAAAAUGGCACUCAGGAACAGGAUCCUGGCCUUGUGGAUCUGGAUGAUGCAAGCCUUCCAGUGAGCGAUGUGUAGCGAUGGAAGCGUUUGGAGAACGAUCCAUUUGUUCGGUCCUCUAAUUUCCUUGCUUGGACUUGUAACCAAAGAGAAUUAUAGGAAAUGAGAACAGGAACACUGAUUUUUAUAUAUAUGUAUGUGUGUUUCUGUGCACACAUGUGUGUAUAUAUAAUGUGUUUGUAUAUUGCCUUUCAGCGGGGGGUCAGAAGCGGGCCUCUCGCAUUUUCUCAAAGCCUGAUAGUAGAUCACGUACUAGGGAGGGGCCAAACUGCACAAUGUAGAAGGGGGGGGGGGGGGGGGGGGGUGAAGACAAAAACAAAAAAGUACUUCUGCAAGUAAGCAAGGUACCAGCAACUUUUCAUUCCUAAUCUGGCAAAUCUACUAAAUUUACAACUAAUGCUACAUUGGGAAGAACUUAUUGCCAACAAAUGUGACUACUUAAUUUCAUUUUUAACUACAGUAAGAUUUUAGCAGUAGAUGAGAAUUGUUUCUCUCCAUGACUUUCAGAUACCAGGAAAUGCACAAAAUGUUUCUUCUGUUCUUUAGGAUCAACAGUGUCAACUGAUUUGUUAUCAGAACAAGAAUUCUGAAGUCCCUUGGAAUUCUAAUUAUGGUGCUGUAAAAUUUCCACUAAAAUAAUAUUUUGAAUAGUCAGCCUAUUUUUGAUGCACUCCUAAAAGUGUGUUAUAACUUUUUGCACAUUUGGAUUUAACGGACCGCGUGUAAUGGUGUUUUGGAGGGGGGAGAAGAGAAACUGGACUUUUGAAUUUGGACACUUUAGAUCAUUUGAACAAAGAAGGGUUUAUAUUGUGUUACAUUAGGCUUUGCAGCAGUUAUUUUUCUUAAAUGUCUAAAUGUAUCAUUUGAUUACUGUUUUGAGAUUACUGAUUCUUGUCAGUGCUUUGUGAACAGUUCUUGUUUCUAUAUGGAUCAGUGGAAAACCUCCUCGUUUAGUUUUGUCGUUAUUGGUACUGAACUGUUCAUAGUCAUGCAGUGGUGGCCUAUAACUUUUGGUGCACUAAUAAUCUUAAGUGCCUGUGUUUUUUCUCACACUGUUGAAACACUUUUGGAUUAGUUAUGUACACAAACCAUUCUUAAUGGUUUUGAACGUUGGCUUAGAGUUGUUCUGAAUAGCAUAGUUCAAAACAGCUAUUUAAAAUAGACUACGCCAGGGAUACCAGUGUUCUGGUAUUGCACCUACUAGCUGUGCAAUAUAUGUUUUUAAAAAAUGAGUAUUUGUUUGUGUACACUGUGUUACGGGGCUUCAGUGAUGCAAAUGAAAAGAACCUUUACAUUUCAAGGAUUGGACUGACUGUGUACUUUUCGUCGUUCUGAAAAAUGUUUGCUUUAAUCAAAACCCCACAAAUAUCUCAUGCUGCUGCUUAUUGUGAUUCAGAUUGUCCAGCUUUGCGAUACUUUUUUUUCUUGUCUACUGGAACCUAGGAUACAUAUCAUACAAGUCCAUCGUCUCUCCAACUUCCAAACUGACUUCCUGCUUGAGAGAUAUGGAUGGCUUUACCACAAGAAUUUGUUGAUCCAAGGAUAGAAUAAUUGGUGUCAUAUAAGAAUGAAAUCUAAUUAACUUCAAGAGCUUAAAUUAUAUCAGCACCUUCAUUUUUUUUAUCCAUAAGCUAACUAACCACUGUCUUAAGACAGCGGUGUUUGUAAAUUACUGGUUUUAUUUGACUCUAGGUAUAUGUGAAAACUACCACAGAAUUGGAAGUUACUGUAAAUGUCUGUACUAGUAUUGUAGGUUUUAACUUCUAUAAAACAAUAGCUCUUAAAAACCUUAUUUUUUCAUAAGUACAUUCUGUGUGGAAGACACUUUGCAUUGAAAUAUUUUUACUGUAGUCUGUCAUCUGAAAUCACUUGCUCUGGUACAGCUUUCACACUGCAUGUUCAUUUUAUUAUAUUUUGGUAUCGGCAAUUUUACACAUUGGGUGGAGGUAAAGCAGCUCCAUUUUGGGACUUAUAAAAAGAGGGGGGGUGGGGGGGAAGGAAAAAAGCGAACUACUGUUGUAGUUCAGUAGCAUAGGGAAAUAUUUGUGGUUGGUAACUGUCAGGGUCUCCUAUUUAUCAGUACUUUUAUAAAUCUAUGAAAAUUGUUAAAUUAUUUUAGAAACAGUGCUGUAAAUAUGUCACAUUUAAAUUGUCAAUAAAUCAGUUUGGGUAACUUAAAA